CCAAACUCCUAACACUUGUUUCUCUAUCCUGUUCCAUGGCUGCUUUUCACCACAUUCUCGGUGCAUUUUUCCAGGCACUUAUCAUCGCUGAGGUGAUCCUGGGGCAAAGUGAUAGGGAGGUGCUCCGCGAACUGAAGAGCUUCCUGCAGGCGCAAAACCCGAUCAACCGUGGCGCCUAUGACACUUGGUCGGAGGCCGAGGUCUCGCCAUGCCGUCUCCAAGGCGUUGGGUGUGACGCGGCCGGCCGUGUCAGUUAUCUCGACCUCUCGAGUUCCAGCAUCGCUGGGCCGUCCUUCGGUAACUUUUCACGCCUCAACCGGCUCACGCACCUCGAUCUCUCAGCAAACAGUAUUACUGGCCAACUCCAUCCAGAUCUCAAGCACUGCCGGGGUCUCCAGUACCUCAACUUAUCAAGCAACCUCAUUGGUGGCGCCCUUGAUGUGUCCACCCUGACCAACCUGCGCAUACUGGAUCUAUCCCAGAAUCGGUUCCAGGGUGACAUUAGGACAAACUUCCCGUCCAUCUGCCGCAACCUCAGUGUUAUUGCUGUAUCCAGCAACAACCUCACAGGCAGGAUAAGUGGGCUGUUCAGUGGCUGCUCCAAGCUUAGUGAUGUUGAUCUGAGCUGGAACCAAUUCACCGGAAAGGCUGUAUGGAAAGGGGUCGAAAGGCUUACACGGUUCACGGCCACAGCGAACAACCUCACAGGGGUCAUUCCUUCCAGCACGUUUCCCAAGGGGUGCAAGUUGCAGUCUCUGGAUAUCUCCAGCAACCAACUGUCUGGCAGUUUCCCAAAUUCAAUUGCCAAUUGCACAAGCUUGAAAACCCUGUCCCUAUGGAACAAUAGCUUUGGUGGAUCUAUACCACCAGGAAUUGGCUCGAUUGCGGGACUCGAAGAGCUGGGUCUCUCGAGCAACCAGUUCCAUCACAAGAUACCACUUGAGCUGAUGAACUGCACCAACCUAAAAAAUUUGGAGAUCAGUCGCAAUACCUUUGGAGGGGAGGUGCAACAAGUCCUUGGAAAAAUAACCAGCCUGAAGAGCCUUGUGCUUCAAGGGAAUAAUUACAGUGGGGGCAUUGUCUCCUCUGGCAUUCUACAGUUGCCAAACCUCAUCUAUCUUGACCUCAGCUUUAACAAAUUCUCCGGCAAGCUGCCUAAUGAAAUUGCUAGCAUGACAAGCAUCGAAUCCCUCGUGCUUGCAAAUAAUAACUUUUCUGGUAAAAUCCCACCAUCAUAUGGUCGGCUCUUGAGGCUCCAAGCAUUGGACUUAUCGUACAACAACCUCUCCGGCGAGAUCCCACCAGAGAUUGGUAAUUUGGCAUCGCUUCUCUUGUUGAUGCUGGCUGGGAACCAACUUUCAGGAGAGAUCCCAAGAGAGAUAGGAAACUGUACUAGCUUGCUCUGGCUCAACCUUGUCGGAAACCAGAUAUCCGGCAAAAUCCCGCCUGAGAUGACAAAUAUGGGGAGGAACCCCGGUCCAACCUUUGCCAAGAACCGAAGAAAUCCUUCACUGAUCAAGUCUGCCACGAGUAAAUGUUUUGCUGUUUACCGGUGGGUGCCAGCAAGUUAUCCAGAGUUUGACUUUGUUGAAUCAAUGAUGAUGUCUCAGAAGAACUGCCUAACCAUGUGGAACAGGCUCCUCAUGGGGUAUGACAUACUUCCAGUAUCUUCACCAUUACGAACAGCCUUAGGAUAUGUUCAGCUGUCAGGAAACCUACUGAGCGGGGAGAUACCCUCCACAAUUAGCGCAAUGAAGAACAUUAGCUUGCUCCUGCUUGAUGGCAACCGGCUCUCUGGACACCUACCAUCAGAAAUAAGUUCGAUGCAACUGGUUGCUCUAAAUUUAUCCAACAAUUCUUUUUCUGGUCAGAUUCCAUUCACGGUGGGUCACCUGAAUUCCCUCGAGAGCCUCGAUUUGUCCUGGAAUAAUUUCUCCGGCGCACUCCCAUCAAGCCUAGGCGAGCUGUCUAAACUAAGUACAUUGAACGUUUCGUACAACCCGCUUCUCUCAGGAGAGGUCCCAAACACUGGGCAACUCUCCACUUUCAAUGAGCAGUCUUUCCUUGGUGAUCCACUCUUAUCUUUCCACUCACCUGCGGCUCCCAGCCCUCAUUCAAAUGACAACCAGCCCUCCACGUAUGGUACAGAAAAGCAUCCUACAAAUGAAGAGAUCACUGUGUUAGUAGUUACAUUCCUUGUUUGCUUCUCUGCCACCUUUGUUAUCAGAGAGCUUCAGAGCUUCGUGUAUCUGUACCAUGUUGCAUUACGUAAAAUUACCAACUUUAGGAAUCUUUGA